AUGAGGAGGAAGAGGAGAGAAGAGAAGGAGAAGGGGACUCUGAGACAAGGGAUUAAUAUACUGAGUGGUGUUGUCGACCCGCCGCGCAUCGCUGUGGCGGUUUUUUGUCCCUCUGCAGCCAAGGCGGUACGAAGUACAGGCGCCGUACUCGGUACUGAUGAGGGCAUCACCCUGGCCAAGGCGAGACCAGGGUGCCGGGCAGGGAUCAGGAGCACCGAUACCCCUGGCCUCCAGGGCGGGCAAAAGGCGUUGCAGCAUCAGCACACGCAGCGACGGGGGGUGCAUCAGCUGCAGGCGCUGGGUGGGCCUCUCUUGGCGCAGAUUUUGGCGCCCAGAGCGCUCGCAGCACAGGCCCAGGCUUUUGGGCCGGAGCAGAGGCUAGGGCCACCUGGAGGUGAAGCCACCCACAGCCCCGGCCCAGAACCACGCAGCCAGGCGCUCGAGCCCGAGCCCGGCUGCGCAUGGCCUAGCGCCCAGAGUCCAGAGGGGGCUGCAGGCAGUCAAUCACUCAGCGCUUCCGAAUGCCGCCAGGUUGCCCGUGGAUGCAGGCUCGCAGCGGUGGCGCCAGCGUCCAGCGUGGUUCGCCGCGAUGGCAGCCUGCGAGUCGCUGUCGGUCUCAUAGACGUCCUUGGUCUUGGGUCGAGUCUUGAGCCUCGCGCUCUAGCAACGUGGGACCUGCGCCUGUGCCAUACUGUCCUUGGCAGCGUGAGUGCAGGGAAUACGAGUGCUAUGCCCAGCUCGGAUGGCCUGGGGGAGGCCCGGCGGGAUAACGCGAUGGCAUCCCGCGUGUCAUUCGCGGCAGCCAAGGAGCAGGACGAGAGAGACGAGAGAGACGAUGAGGGCGGGGGCACGCCCAUACCACACGCGCUCUUCCCGCGGGGAACGCAUCGGCGUAGGUGCUCUCGCGAGGUACCCGUACUCGCACCACGCAUGGAGCAUGUCGCCAUCGUGAGAAGCUUCAUCGCGGCGCUUCCCAUUAAGAAUCUCACGACCCAGGCGCAGAGGCGUAACUUAGGUCAAACAUGCGACGGUGUGCCCACACUGCGAUUCUGGGCCUUUGCAAACCUACCCAAACGCUCGAGCCAAAAUGGUGUGAGAUCCACCACCAGCACCGCCAAGGUCGCUGCAGCUCGCGUGCUUGUGGUGCAGCGACUUGCAGCGACUUGCAGCAACCCUUGUCCUUGUCCAUCCCGGCCGUCGGUAGGUCCCAGGGCGUCCGGCGCUGCCAUUGGACACCGCACCGCAGCCUCUCUGUCGACGCAAAUGGCCAUGGUUGGGAUGAACCACCCACCAGGUCGGGGAGCUGCCGCUAGGCCAAGCACAGCGCGUGCUGCUCUCAGUGCUGCUCUCACUGCCCUGUAG